AAAAAUCCUUUGUUUAGUGUUUCACCUCGGAGGGAACAGGCGACAUAUUAUGUUAUGCCAGACAAGUCCGUUGUUUUAUCUGAGAUAAAACUAAUAAUAAUAAUAAUAAUACAGACACGAGUGGAUGUGUUUGCAGAAGAAACAAUAAUGAGUGGAGGGACAUUUGAAUCCAUGGAUCACCGCUGGGUUUUAUUUCAUCUUUUUCUGCUGCUCGUCGGGAGGGAGACUAUGGCUGAACUGAGGUAUUCCAUCCCGGAGGAGGUGAAAGACGGAACAGUAGUUGGAAAUAUUGCGAAGGAUCUGGGUCUGGACAAAGCCUCUUUGAUUGACCGUCACUUCCGUGUUGUGUCUGGUUCAAAGGAGGAAUUUUUCGAGGUGAAUUCGGACAGUGGCGUCUUACAGGUUCAUAAAAAAAUAGACAGAGAGGAGCUUUGUCACGGCAAUGCAGCGUGCCUGAUGGAGCUCAAGAUUCUUGUUGAAAACCCUUUAGAGAUGCAUCACGUUGUUGUAGAAAUCACCGAUGUAAACGAUCACUCCCCUAUAUUUUCUGAGAAGGAGCAAGUGCUUGAAAUAGGAGAACAAUCAUCACUGGGAACCCGAUUUCAGUUGAAUGCGGCCCGUGAUCCAGAUGCGGGGGUUAACUCCAUCCGCACAUACACUUUAACGGCAAACGAUCAUUUUGACUUGGAAAUAAGCCAAAGUGACGAGGACAAAGUGCCAUUUUUAGUGUUAAAGAAGUCAUUAGAUAGGGAAGAAAAUAAUCAACACUUGUUAUUUUUAACAGCAGUGGAUGGAGGUAGGCCACCAAAAACAGGAAUAUUAAAUGUUUCCAUUAUUGUUCUUGAUAAUAAUGACAACCGUCCAAAAUUUAAUAAGGAAAUUUACCAAAUAGAAAUACAAGAAAACYUAUCAAUUGGUGCAACUCUUACUAAAUUAAGCGCUGUAGAUCCAGAUGAAGGCAAUAACGGGGAAAUAGAAUACAGUCUCAGCAAAACAUUAGCACGUAAAAUUUAUGACAUAUUUGAGUUGGACAGAAUGAGUGGAGAGAUUACUUUUAAACAAUCGGUGGACUUUGAAGAUACAGAUAUUUACAAAAUAGAUGUUCAGGCCUCUGACAAAGGACAACCUCCACUGAUAGGCAGGUGUAGAAUUAUUGUUAAAAUAAAAGAUGUAAAUGACAACAKACCAGAAAUAGAAAUUACGUCUUUGUCAAAUACUGUCCCUGAAGAUUCCAAACCAGGUACAGUUAUUUCACUGAUCAGUGUCACUGAUAAGGACUCGGGAGUUAAUGGUAAAGUGAUUUUGCAAAUAAGUGAUUCUGUACCAUUUGAAUUAAAACCUUCCUACAAAGAGAAUAUUUAUUCUGUUGUUACAAAUAACCUUUUGGACAGAGAACAAGAGCCACUGUAUAAAAUAAACAUAAAAGCCACAGAUUGUGGGGAACCUCCUUUAUCUGCUUUGAAAACUAUUUUAAUUCAAAUUUCAGAUGUGAAUGACAACAGCCCAUAUUUUUCCCAAAACCCUUUGCACUUUUAUCUGUUGGAAAACAACGUGGCAGGAGGAUCACUUUUCUCUGUAAGCGCUUCGGACAAUGACGUCAAUGAAAACGCAGCUAUUUCAUAUCAUAUACACAGGCAAAAUGACGUCACUARAUUCCUUAACAUUAACUCAGAAAACGGACAAAUAACCACGCUAAGAAGUUUUGACUUUGAAAGUCUGAAAACAUUCCAGUUCCAAGUUGUGGCCACAGAUUCUGGAGCUCCGUCUCUGAGCAGCAACGUGACAGUGAACGUGUUCAUUCUGGAUCAGAACGACAACGCUCCAGUCAUCCUGUAUCCAGUCAGCUCCAACGGUUCUGCUGAAGGCGUGGAGGAGAUUCCCCACAACGUGAACGCAGGACACUUGGUGACUAAAGUCAGAGCCUAUGACGCUGAUAUAGGAUAUAAUGGAUGGCUGCUGUUCUCACUGCAGGAAGUCAGUGACCACAGUCUGUUUGGUUUGGACCGCUACACAGGACAGAUCAGAACACUUCGCUCGUUCACAGAGACAGACGAGGCUGAGCAUAAACUGCUCAUACUGGUCAAAGACAAUGGCAACGUGUCCCUGUCAGCAACAGCUACUGUCAUUGUCAAACUGGUGGAGRCCAAAGAGGCUUUUGCAGCUUCUGAUGUGAAAAGUGCAGCAAAAGAUGAGGAGGACAAUAAUGUGACUUUUUACCUCAUCAUCACUCUGGGCUCAGUGUCAGUUCUGUUCCUCAUCAGCAUCAUCGUGCUGAUUGCAAUGCAGUGCUUCAAGUCUACAGACUAUACUUCUAAAUAUCUGCAGGAGGCUAAUUAUGAUGGGACACUGUGUCACAGCAUCCAGUACAGAUCUGGAGACAAACGCUACAUGUUAGUUGGACCCAGGAUGAGUAUYGGAUCUACUAUAGGACCCGSAAGUCAUGCAAACACUCUGGUGUUACCUGACAGAAGGAAAACUUCUGAGGAGGUAAGACACGCUUUACAAAUUGUAUUUACUGUUGCAGACUAAACCGUUUCAUCACUGGCCUGUGUCUCCAUUUCAUAUCUAAUUGUUUGGCAUUAUUGCAGGGGUUUGC